AAAAAAAAUCCCCGGAUAAAAAUCAAGGCUAGAAAAGAAAGAAAAGCAUGCCGUAGCUUCUAAACCAAACGUCCACAGAGCCACUGCUCCCCGUAGUUACGGCAGAGGAAGGAGAAGACUUCAGCAAUCCAGUAGCCAGGAAAAGAUAUCACCUCUCGUACCAAACACGCGCCAUUCAUGCUCGGCCUUCAUCGUCUCCUCUUCAGCUGACGGUAGCCGCCCGGAGCCCAGGACUUCCGACGCCGCCGUCUAAGCUUCCUCCCGGUACUUCUGCGCUGCGUUCGACUUUCCUUCGCUUCAAUUGGUUUGACCGGCGGGGCCAGGUGAGCUGCAGUCUGCGGGAUUUUAGUGGAUUAGUUGAUUUGGUGAUAGGGCGAAAAGCAAAAAUGAUGGGAUCGGAGAAUGAAGCAGAAUCUCAAGUCUUCGCCUCUAGAGAAGAGAUGGAAAACCUUGUGCUCGAUGAACCUUCCGAUAAUCCCAACGGCAAUGGAGGCAGCAAAUCUUUCUCCGAUUACCGCAGCGUCAUGUCGUCCCUCGCCGACGCGCAUCACCCUUUCUCCCCGCCAUUGACUCCCGCAGAUUCGGAUCCUUUGCUUGCUCCUCAACCAUACCGGGAUCUCCGAAACCCUAGCCUCUCUCACGAUAAUAACAAUUCCUACAUUGAACCGCCUGCCUACGCCGAUGUGAUCUUCAGUCCGUUCGACGAGAAUACGGGCAGCGAAAUCAACGGCAUCGAUAGCCCCGGUCGAUCUUCCGAUUCCUCACUUUCUCUCUCGAGAUCCCCGUCCUCCAGCUCUGAUUACAUCAAGAUCACCGUCUCCAAUCCACAGAAGGAGCAGGAAAGUUCGAAUUCGCUAGUCCCGGGAGCUAGCACCUAUGUCACGUAUCUAAUAACGACGAGAACCAACAUCCCCGAGUUCAACGGAUCCGAAUUCGGCGUGCGGCGGCGAUUCAAGGACGUGGUCACCUUAUCCGAUCGUCUAGCGGAGGCUUAUCGAGGGUUCUUCAUCCCGCCUAGGCCAGACAAGAGCGUUGUGGAGAGCCAGGUGAUGCAGAAGCAGGAGUUUGUAGAGCAGAGAAGAGUUGCUUUGGAGAAGUAUUUGAGAAGGCUGGCUGCGCAUCCCAUCAUAAGGAACAGCGAUGAAUUGAAGGUGUUCUUGCAAGUGCAAGGGAAGCUGCCGUUGGCUACAAGCACCGAUGUGGCAUCCAGGAUGCUCGACGGCGCAGUGAAUCUACCGAAGCAGUUGUUUGGAGAAGGUUCGACGGUAGCCCCUCAGGAUGUGGUCCAGCCAGCGAAAGGAGGGAGAGACUUGUUGAGGCUGUUUAAAGAGCUGAAGCAGUCUGUUUCUAAUGAUUGGGGUGGAUCAAGACCACCUGUAGUGGAGGAAGAUAAAGAGUUCUUAGAGAAGAAGGAGAAGAUGAACGUUUUUGAGCUGCAACUCAGCAAUGCUUCUCAGCAGGCGGAGUCGCUGGUGAAAGCACAGCAAGAUAUGGGGGAGACAAUGGGAGAAUUAGGGUUAGCAUUUAUUAAAUUGACGAAAUUUGAGAACGAGGAAGCUAAGUUUGAAUCACAAAGAGUAAGGGCAGGUGACAUGAAGAACGUAGCUACAGCUGCUGUCAAAGCAAGCAGAUUCUACAGGGAACUGAAUGCUCAAACGGUUAAACAUUUGGAUACCCUCCACGAGUAUCUUGGGUUGAUGCUAUCAGUUCAUGGUGCAUUUGCCGAUCGCUCUAGUGCUUUGCUGACGGUGCAAACUCUUCUAUCAGAAUUGUCGGCUCUGCAUACAAGGGCCGAGAAACUUGAAGCUGCUUCAUCAAAGAUAUUUGGUGGUGACAAGUCGAGGAUUCGCAGGAUGGAGGAGUUGAAAGAAACUAUUAGAGCCACUGAAAAUGCUAAAAGUGUUGCGAUUAGAGAAUAUGAGCGGAUUAAGCAACCUGGGAUGAGGCUACUGUAUGGUUGGAAGGAAUUGGGACCGGUGGGAAAGGUGGAUAUACAUGAAAGAGGGUUUCAGGAAAAUAACAGGACCGAACUGGAAAGGAUGGAGACGGAAAAACAGGCCGAUUUCUCCAACAUGUUAAAGGGAUUUGUGCUUAACCAGGUUGGAUACGCGGAGAAGAUUGCCAACGUGUGGGCAAAGGUUGCGGAGGAGACUAGUGGAUAUGCAACCGACAGCGCUUAGAAUGUGUUGUGGGGAGCUAGCUGUACAUUCGAAUUCUUCUGCUCUCGUCUUUUCUUCUUUCCCUUUUCUUUUUUAGCUUUUCUCAGUUUGAUCUUCUUUUUACGUGUUGUGUAAUUGCACGCAAAGUAGGAACUCAUGUAUCUACAAUUUGAUGAAACACAGAACAAAUAAACAAAAAGAAAAUAGAAAAGCAAAGGGGUAAAAGAAGAAGCACUUCUGUAGCAUACAUAUUCAUCAAAGUUCCAUUUGCAAGUUUUUGUCUUCUGAAUUGGAGUUUCUUCGUUAUUAUCUUCGUCAGAUGACUCCUCCCAUUUGAUUGCAGUCUGGUAUGAGUAUGACAGGCGAUAGAUAUGACGAUACUGUUGCAUUGCGGACAAGAUGUUGGAUUAGCUUAUUAGUGAUAACUCGAUCACUGAUCUUCACCUUAUGGCAAAGAGUAACGAUGAAACCAAAAAUACACAAAAUGAAGAUAUUGGCAAUCUGAAUUGCCCAACCGCCAUUGCAGUUGUAAAUGCCUCUGUAGAUUAGAUAUACGAUGAGAACUUACAAUCCUUUUCGAAACUGCCCCAAAAAUCCACUACCAAAACCCUAACCCCACAGUAUAACAGCAGAAAAAAAGUAAUCAAGAUAGAGCCACCAAUCUAAAUCUCACACGCGCGACAUCAUGCUGCUCCCAGCGGCGGCAGCAGACGCCGACCCUCCGAUGAACGAGAACAGUCCGGCCCCAGCUCCCUCCUGAUCAUCCAUGAACAAGUCUUCCGGAUCCCUAAACGCGCCGUGGACGCACACAAUCGCCACGCCGACCAUGGUCGCCGAGAUGAGCAGCGACCCCACGCUUGUCAGGAAGACGACGACCACGGUCACGAGCAUCAAGAUCCCGAGGGUUUCCCGGUCCGAGAAGGUCCGGCCCAUCACCACCAGGGGCUGGUCGGAGGGGCGGAAGGUGUAGAGGAAGAGCCAGGCGGCGAGGAGGGAGAGGAGGGUGAGGAGGGAGAACGGGUGGGAGAUUAGGGAGACGGCGAGGACGAGUGCGAGCAGAGUCGUGUAGUUGACGCGGAAGUAGGAGUAGUUCUUCCUGAUCCUGGUGGUGGCUUCCGAGAGAGAACCGGGCCUGGAGAAGGCGGAGCGGUCGAUGAGCUCCGUCCAUGGGCGGCGGUGGGAGAGCGAAUUGCCGAUUGCGCCGUAGAGCCGGGCGACGAAGGACCGGACGGCGGCGACUACGGAAGCUUGGGUUGCGCCGCCGCUGGAUUCCUGGUUGGAGAGCGGAAUCUGAGCUGGAGAAGACAUCGGAGAUGGCGAAUUGAGGGGGAAUCAGGUACAGGGAGAAAUUGGAAAUAUCUCAAGAUCUGGUGGGCGAAUUAAUGUGGCGAAGAGCUCAACUCCGUUUCUUCCCGUAUAGAUGAGAGAGAGAAAGAAGGAGGGUUAAAAAGGAGAGGCGGAGGAGGGCUUCGGUGCGGGCUGCUGUACGGUGAUCUUGGAGGUGAGAGUUGAUGGGUAUUGGCGAUUUAAUGCCCGAUGGCACCGUCGAUUGCGAUGGGAUAGACGGCUGGGAUGUAAAACGAGGAAGAGAUGGGGCAUGUGCGGGCGGGGGUAUCUGUGAGGUGGCCGCCACUAAUUAAUCAAGAAGUUAUUCUUUACACCAAAUUAAUCUCAUAACUACCUUAUUUUAUAUAAUUGGGCCGCUUUAAGGAAGGGAUUGCUAUUCGUGCCCUAAAAAAUUUUAUUCGUAG